AUGGAUAACGACGCCGAAAACAGCUCUUCAGCCCCCACUGCCCCCAAUGCCAAAAGCGCCGGUCCGUCUGGUAUCAACGCUGGGCAAUCAGUGUCUAAGCGUCUUCAGCAGGAACUAAUGCAACUAAUGACGAACUCCACCCCUGGAAUCUCUGCGUUCCCACAAAAUGGCAAUCUUCUAUCGUGGACUGGAACCAUCCAUGGUCCAGCAGAGACACCUUACGAUGGGCUCGUCUUCAAGCUCUCUCUCGAGUUCCCGUCAAACUACCCUAUGUCUCCUCCAACGGUGUUGUUCACUACGCCCAUGUUCCAUCCUAAUGUUGACAUGGCGGGGAGGAUCUGUUUGGAUAUCUUGAAAGACAAGUGGAGCGCAGUUUACAACGUACAGUCGAUUUUGCUGUCACUGCAAUCGUUACUUGGAGAGCCGAACAACAAAUCGCCUCUCAACGGACAGGCUGCAGAGCUUUGGGAUAAGGAUCCCAAAGAAUACAAACGUCUCCUCAUGCUCCGUCACCAAGAAGCCGAAGACUAG